CGGAGGAGGGGGGGGAUGUACCACGGCGGCGAAGGCUUCAUUUUUUUCUUUUUGUACGGGCUUUUGUCCCUUGGACGCGGAUGAGCCGCACCGCCGCUCCCGGAAAAUGUGGACGGACAUGAGGAUAUUGUUGCUCUUAUACGCGGCGCUACCGAAGCUUCUCGUCUCGGAAGUGAGUGAGGAGUGUGAGGAUGGACAGUUCCAGUGUGACAACAAAAGGUGUAUCCCCACCCUGUGGAGGUGUGACGACGAUGACGACUGCUCGGACAACAGCGACGAGGACAACUGCCCCAGGAAAACGUGCGGCCCCGCAGAGUUUGCCUGCCUGAACGGCCAGUGUGUCCCGGAGAGGUGGCGCUGCGAUGGGGAACCAGAGUGCCCCGACGGUUCCGACGAGGCGGAGGAGACGUGCAGCAAACAGACUUGCCCACCAGAGAAGUUCGACUGCGGGGGAUCCAAUAAGUGUGUCUCGUUGUCGUGGCGAUGUGACGGGGAGAGGGAUUGCGAGAACGGGGCGGAUGAGGAAGACUGUGCAUCUGAUGCCAAAGCCUGCCCCAGCGGCGAGUUCAUGUGCGCCAACCGCAAGUGUUUGGCCGCCGUCUACUCCUGCGACGGCGACGACGACUGCGGGGACGGCAGCGACGAGCUGAAGUGCGCCUCGCCCCUGACCUGCGGACCCAACCACCUGCGCUGCAACACCUCCGAGUGCGUGCCGCUCAUGUGGAGCUGCGACGGGGACCCCGACUGCGCCGACAGCUCGGACGAGGGGCCCGAACGCUGCGGCGCGGACGGCGUCCAUCCGGCCCACCGCCGGGCCAACUGCACGGCGGCGGAGUUCCGCUGCGCCAACGGGGAGUGUGUCCGACUCGGCUGGAAAUGUGACGGCGACCCCGACUGCAAGGACAAGUCUGAUGAGUCCGACUGCCCCCUGCUGACGUGCCGCCCUGAUGAGUUCCAGUGUGGCGACGGUUCUUGCAUCCACGGAACCAAGCAGUGCAACAAGGUGGACGACUGUCCCGACCACAGCGACGAAUCGGGCUGCCUCAACGCCACCAGAUGUGAGGGGCCACUGAAGUUCCAGUGCAAGAAUGGCGAGUGUAUCGACAGUUCCAAAGUGUGCGACUCCGUCAAGGACUGCAAGGACCGGUCAGACGAGCCCAAGAAAGAGUGCGGGCUUAACGAGUGUACGAUCAACAAUGGCGGCUGCUCCCACGUCUGCGUGGACUUACCCAUCGGAUUUGAAUGUCAGUGCCCCGCUGGCUACCAGCUACUGGACAAGAAGACUUGUGGGGACAUCGACGAGUGUGAGAACCCGGACGCCUGCAGCCAGAUCUGCAUCAACUACAAGGGCGACUUCAAGUGUGAAUGCUACCAAGGCUACGAGAUGGAUCCCGUCACAAAGACCUGCAAGGCAGAGGGAAAAAGCCCGUACCUCCUGUUCACCAACCGACACGAGAUCCGACGCAUCGACCUGGUGAAGCGGGACUACAGCCAGGUGGUUUCCACCCAGAAGAACGCCGUGGCCCUGGACCUGGACGUGGCCAACAACCGGGUCUUCUGGUGUGAUCGUUUCCACCGGAAAAUCUACAGUGCCUUCAUCCACGAGGCCGGUGACCCGUCUCAGCAGGUGCCACUGGUGGACGCCUCGCUGCAGACCCCCGUGGGUCUGGCCCUGGACUGGCUGCAGCACAACCUGUACUGGGCCGACUCUGGCGACAAGUCCAUCUCGGUGGCCUCGGUGGACGGCACCCGGAGACGCGUCCUCAUCGACACGGACCUCAGCGAGCCCCGAGCCAUCGCCUUGGACCCCCAUCACGGUUUCAUGUACUGGUCCGACUGGGGAACCCGAGCCAAGAUCGAGAAGUCCGGGAUGAACGGGGUGGACCGGCAGGUUCUGGUGGCGGACCACAUCGAGUGGCCCAAUGGGGUCACCCUGGAUGUGGCGAACCGCCGUCUGUACUGGGUGGACUCCAAGCUGCACCUCAUAGCCAGCGUGGACCUGAAGGGGGCGCACCGCAGGACCCACAUGGCCAGCGCGGAGAGGCUGGGACAUCCCUACGCUCUGGCCGUGUUCGAGGAUCGCAUCUACUGGACGGACCGAGACAAGGCCUCCGUCUUCAUGGCCAACAGACUGACGGGUGGAGACGUUCACACCUUGGCCGAAAACCUCAACGACCCUCACGACAUCGUGGUCUUCCACCGGCUGCGACAGCCCCAAGGUCCAGACAGCUGCAAUCUGGGCAGCGCGGCCAACGGAGGCUGCGAGUAUUUGUGUCUCAAAGCCCCCCAGAUUACGGAGCACUCCCCCAAGUACACCUGCGCCUGCCCGGACGGACAAGACCUCGGUCCUGAUAUGAGAGGCUGCGUGCCAGCACCGAGAAACGACAUGCCGCCAACAUCCUCGCCAGAUGCCGCCACGCCUGCUGCCACGGCAACUGCUCCCAAAGACACCCUGCCGCCUUCGGAGGGAGUGUCCCAGGCGGACGCCGCCGCGCUCCUGACCACAUCGCCUCUCGCCGCCCUCCAGCCGCACACGCCCCUCAGCACGCUGAAGGCGGCGACGGCGGCGUCGCAGGAGUCCAAGGCGCUGGGCUCUCACUCCACCGCCACCGUGACUGUUGAGUCCACCACGCCGGCGGGGGACAGCAGUGUGUCGCAACACUCUGGAGGCGAGCAUUUCAUCCUGGGUGAGAACCUGACAGUGGCAGUCCUAGGAGUGGUCAUCCCUAUUGUUCCUAUCAUUGCCACAGUGGUCUUUGGCCUGGUCUGCGCCGGGGUCUACCUGGUGUGGCGGAACUGGAAGCGCAACUCCACCAAGAGCAUGAACUUUGACAAUCCCGUCUACCGGAAGACCACCGGCGAGGGCGAGGAGGACGAGAUCCACAUCGGCCGGACUGACGCGGCGGGGCACCACGCGCACCACCACCACCACCACCACCACACGUACCCGCAGGCCGUCGGCGUGGGAGUCGUCGGCGCAGGGGGCGGCGCCUGCCCGCAGUUCAUCGCCCUGCCGCUCGGGGGCAGCAUGCCCGAUCCGGGGACUCACUGGUACGCGGAGCAGCCGAUGCUCGCCACCGCUAAGUGAACCGGCAAGAGGGCUUCAGGGGAAAGAUGGCCGCCGAGGCACAUGCAGACAUGAUGAGGUCAAAGGUCGCAGUGUGUCAUCAAACACCGCCAUGUUCCGUGCCAAUAUUUCUCAUGUUUCGCGUUGAUGGCGUGUGUGUGCCAAGUAUUUUGUAACAAAGGUUGUGUUUUUAUUUUUGUGUCGAUGGGACAAUCUGUACAGAUCCAUGAGAGAGUCGGUCCAAAUGGACGAAAAAAAAGCGAUUCAUUCCCAAGAUCACCCGUUCGACCUCAUGAGGGUGAGCGUUCUUUCAGAGUGCAGUUAUCAACGUGUAUCAGAGUGCAGUUAUCUACGCGUUUCAACCUUCGAUGCUCCGCGCAGACGACAUGGAGCACAAAGAAGGACCGAGCGGGUCCUUUUUUUAAAAAUGUUUUCUUCGCUGUGACUUUGAAACGGUACGACCCGUACGAGCUUUGACAGCAGCAAUAGAUGAGAGGACGCGUGGUGCGCUCGCCCCCGCAACUAAAAACAAGCACUGUGUCAGGCUUCACUGGAGCCCAGCAGGGGGCAGCGUGCGGUCACAAAACCCCCGUUAAAACAUGCGCGUCGUUCCUUCCCCCGAAAUUCGACGCUCCUGAGUAUGGAGGGUCAAACGGGACAGAAGGAAAUAAAUGAAUACACCUUAGAAUAAUGACAUAAUUGUGUCAUUAGUCAAUUAAAAAUGGAAUAAAUAAAUGCACUAUUAAAUGAUGUAAAUAAUUUAAUGUGAAAAUUAUUUAAUUAUUUCACAGGGUAAUCAUCAAUUUCCCCAUAGUCUCGGACUAUAAGCCGCUACUUUUUUCCCACGCUCUGAACCUUGCGGCUUAUAAAACGG